AUGAAUUGGUAUUUCAAAGGGAUGGGAGGUUUGCUGCCGGAGGUGGAUGCAGCAACGGCAAUAAAAUAUAAAAUUGUGAUUACAUGCGCUAGAUAUCAUUUUGAAUGUUCACGUACCAGAACUAGUUUGUGGAGACGUUUGAUAGUCUGGGCUGUGGUGUACGGCGUCAUAAUGCUGGGGUCGGUGGUGGGCAACGGGCUCGUCGUGUACACCAUCACGGGGAACAGAGCAAUGCGCACAGUCACCAACCUGCUGCUGCUGAACCUCGCGCUGGGCGACCUGCUGCUUACGCUCGUGUGCAUUCCCUUCGUCGCGCUGCCGGUGCUCAUCUUGCAGCACUGGCCCUUCGGCCUGCUGCUGUGUCAGCUAGUCAGCUGCGUCCAGGGUAUCGGCGUGCUGGUGAGCGCGUACACGCUGAUCGCAGUGAGCGGGGACCGCUACCGGGCUCUACGCUGGCCACUGCGCGCGCGGCUUGAGGUUCGCGGUGCGCUGCGUUUCAUGGUCUGCAUCUGGUUGGCCGCCGCCAUCACAGCUGCGCCCAUCGGCAUCACGUCUCAGCUCUCGCAGCCGACCGAGUGGCAUCAGACCUGUAGCCGGUUUAUGUGCCGCGAGGAGUGGGCCAACGAGAGUCACCGCUACGCCUACACAAUAACUUUGUUGACACUCCAAUACAUUUUCCCAGUAAUAUGUCUGCUGGUGACGUAUACUAUGAUUGUGUACAUGGUGUGGAAUCGAGCCCAGCCUGGUGAGGAAUACCACCUUAGGGAAGUACGCGCGCUGAACGCCCGAAGGAAGGAGUAA